AUGGCUCGCUCGUUACCCAGACUCGUCGCUGCCAGUUGGCUGGUAGGCCAAGCAGCUGCGGCCACGGUCACUCACGACUUCAAUAUCACAUGGGUCAAUCGGAAUCCCGACAAGAUGAUGGACAGGCCGGUCAUUGGGAUCAACAAUGAGUGGCCUAUCCCUGUCCUCAACUUCACGAAGGGCGACAAUGUUGUCAUCAACGUGAACAACCAGCUUGGUAACCAAAGCACAAGCUUACAUUUUCACGGCCUCUUCCAAAAUGGCACCAACGAGAUGGACGGGCCGCCAGCUGUGACCCAGUGCCCAAUUGAGCCAGGCUCGACAUUCACGUACAACUUUACAAUUGAGCAGCCCGGUACAUACUGGUAUCACUCUCACAGCCGAGGACAGUACCCGGAUGGACUUCGUGGUCAAUUCGUCGUGCACGACCCAGAGAACCCUUACUCGGACAUGUAUGAUGAGGAAGUCAGCAUUACCCUCUCCGACUGGUACCACGACCAGAUGCCUGGUCUCCUGGAUGGCUUUAUUAGCGUCACCAACCCGACCGGUGCUGAGCCCGUGCCCAACUCUGCCCUGAUGAAUGAGACUCAGAACUUCACGCUCAAUGUUCAGGCAGGACAGAAAUACUUCUUCCGUAUGACAAACGUUGGAGCAUUUGCCAGUCAGUACUUCUGGAUCGAAGGACACAAUAUGACCAUUAUCGAAGUCGAUGGUGUCUACACGGAGCCAGCUGAGGCGGAGAUGAUCUACAUCACUGCUGCCCAGCGCUACGGUUUCAUCGUGGAAGCCAAGAACGACACUUCAGCAAACUUCGCCAUGGUUGGCAGCAUGGACACUGACCUCUUCGACUCCUUCUCGCCUGACCUUCAAUACAACGUCACUGGCUGGUUGGUUUAUGAUCAGUCAAAGGACCUGCCGGAACCUGCGGUCUUGGAUAGCUGGGAUGCUCAGUUCGAUGAUGUUGAUUUGGUGCCGCAGGAUGGCGAGGAACUCUAUGGCGAGCCUGCGAUGUCCUUCGACCUUGACCUGCAGAUGGAUAACCUGGGGGAUGGCGCCAACUAUGCCUUCUUCAACGGCAUUACCUACGUCCGGCCGAAGGUGCCGACUCUUUACAGCGCGCUGACUACGGGGAACUACGCUACCAAUGCCAGUGUCUACGGCCGCGACACCAACUCGUUCGUGCUGCCACACAACGCGAUCAUUCAGAUCGUCCUCAACAGCAACGACCCAGGCAAGCACCCCUUCCACUUGCACGGGCACAACUUCCAGGUCCUUUACCGAAGCCCCGACGACUGGGGCUUCUACGACCCGAACAACCGCACCGACUUCCCGGCCAAACCGAUGCGACGGGACACCUUCUGGGUCAGGCCUAAUGGCAAUUUUGUCGUGAGAUUUCGCGCAGAUAACCCUGGGAUUUGGCUCUUCCACUGUCAUCUCGAGUGGCAUCUUGCCAGCGGCCUCGUUGCCACGAUGGUGGAGGCCCCACUGGAGAUGCAAAAGAAGCUCACACUGCCUCAGAACCACCUCGACGUUUGCAAGGCUGCAGACAUGCCCAUUGCAGGCAACGCCGCAGCCAACACCGUCGACAUAUUGGACCUUGAUGGGCAGAACAUGAGCAUAGCUCCGCUGCCAUCGGGCUUCACGGCAAAGGGCUAUGUCGCCCUUGUGUUCAGCUGCGUCGCCGCCUUCCUCGGUAUUGCCGCGGUAGCAUGGUACGGCGCCGCUCCACUCAGCGCAGCAGAGAUGGCGCAAACGAAGCGAUUUGUCGCAAAGGCAGGCGGUAGCACGACGUGA